AGCAAACAUCGCCUUUCGAAAGCUAACAAGAUAUCCUUCGAGAUGAAACUAUUGUUUCAAUUCGCGCACUCUAUUCUCGUAUUCGUACUCUCGGCCUUACUUGUCUACAGCGUCUAUUCCGCGUUCGCCUUAUUACGUGAGGAUCAGCGUCCGCAAACCCCGUUCUCCGACCCCGAAGUGCCGCGUAAGCCAUUACCAGAGGAAAUAGCCGCAUCGAUGAACACACUUUGGAACUAUUUGGAUGAUUGGGAUGAGGAUCAUUGCAAAAACGUCUGCGAGGCGUCAUGGAUUGCCUGCCAGUUGAGAAACUGCCAUUACCUACCUGAUGUCCGAAAACCGGAGUUGUAAUAUCGGUCGACAUAUUCGAGACGAUAACAGCGAUGUGGACUUUCCAGGGUGGCAUUUGCGCGCACCUACUUCGCCUACACGUCUUACACAAAAGGCCGCAAUCUAAUCCUAAUAUAGAACUCCAACAUCGUGGGGAGAUCACCUCCAUUUAAGAUCAAAUUCGUGUGGGGUUGGUGGAACGAGGAGAAUCAACACACAAUGCCGGGGUGCCCCACAUCGUUCAUCAAUAUGGUUAAGACAGCAUACAGCAACUUCAAAUUGCUACAAGGACAGCGCAAUAGCGCCAUUGGCUGGAUGUUUCCAGCAACUUGUGCUCCUUGUAUGAAAAUCAUAGAUGCAGUGCGGACUGUUCAACACUUGAAAGGUGUACAUUAAAAGGAAGAGAUGGACGUUCUUGAAGUUGCAACUGAGCAACAUCUUCUACUUCACCAUGGCUUCUUUCAUCUUGAUUCUCGCCAUCGCGACGACAUCUACGCAGGCGUUCGACUGCACGCGCGAAUACCUCGAAGAGACUACGAAUAGCUACGUCAAUCUAAUGGCAACAGGCCAACACGACCGCUUCGAGAACCUAGCCUACUCAAUGCAAUAUUUCGAAAACAACGUCACCUCUUCCAUUCUCAGCGGUACUCCAGCUCUUGGUAUGACCAUCGACUCCCACCGCUCGAUUCUCGAUACUACACAAUGCAAGACAAUGACCGAGAUCAUCGUUACCGACCUGAUCCACCCAUACGUCAUCCACACCCAAAUGACCCUAGAUAGUGAAGGAAACGUGAACCUCAUCGACAGCAUUGUCACCGACAAAGGCGACUGGGCCUUCAACGCUACAGGUUACAAGUAUUGGAACAGUCAAGAGUCAUGGGGCCCAAUUCCUGAAACCAAACGCGAUUCCCGCGAAGUUGUCAAAGCAGCAGGAAACGCAUACGCGGAUCGCUUCAACGACACCUCCGUAGUCGUUCCGUUUGGAACUCCCUGCACACGCCUCGAAGGGGGCGCGUACACUGGUCGCGGCAACCUUUCGGCAAAUACAUGUGAUAUCGGCGGCCUCCCUAGCAACGUGCUCUUGACGAACCGCAAGUACGUUGCUGAUGAAGUCAUGGGCGUGGUGGACAUCUUUAUGGGGUUCACGGGGCUUGAUCGUACGAGGAAUACAGAAGGUGCACCGGAUAGUCACAUGUUUCGCAUCGAGGGUGUGCUUGCUUUGUUGAUGGGUGUGGAAUGA